GAACUUGCUGUAUAGAUGGAACAGCCAGUCGCUCGCAGAAGGUGCUUUCUUAGAGCGGCUCUAUUAUUGUUUCGCAGCUGAUUAGGAAAGAACAAUAAAAAACAGUGGUGAUAAUUGCACCCGCAAAUAAUAAUACAACCACGAGAAAAGGAGGCAGGGUACUUUGGGCACUUUGCAUUUGAAAUCUCCGAUCUUUUCAAGAAGUGUUUUUCUCCACCCGUGCAUGUUCAGAUCGGAGGAGUAUAUUAGAGCCGUGAGUCGGCCAGACUUCUAGUUACAAAGCGAGCGGUAACACCAAAAAGGAGGCAUGAUUUUAAGACGGAGUUCGGUUUUUGCUACUUUCUCCGUACAUGCGUUUUUGCUUUGCCUAUGGACACAGGUGUCGGACGCAUCGGGACACUUCGAGUUGCAGAUCCUGUCCAUGCAGAACGUGAACGGGAAGCUGCUGAGCGGCCAGUGCUGCGACGGCCUUAGGGGUGCGUCGGAUCGGAGAUGCACCAGAGACGAGUGUGACACGUACUUUAAAGUGUGCCUCAAGGAAUACCAGUCCAGGGUUGUGACGGCCGGGCCUUGCAGCUUCGGUACUGGAUCUACGCCUGUCAUCGGAGGGAAUACAUUUUCUUUGAAGAGCACAAUGAGGAAAGAGAAAUCUAGGAUUGUAUUGCCUUUCAGUUUUGCGUGGCCGAGGGCCUACACAUUGAUUUUGGAAGCCCUGGACUACAAUAACAGCAGCAGUGGAAGCAAUUCCGAGGUCAUCGAGAGGACGUCCAUCUCAGGCAUGAUCAACCCCAGCCCAGACUGGCAGACCCUGAAGCACAAUGGGCUCGUGGCCCAGUUCGAGUACCAGAUCCGGGUCACUUGCGACGAGCACUACUACGGAUUCGGCUGCAACAAGUUCUGUCGGCCACGGGACGAGUUCUUCGGGCAUUACACCUGUGACAACAACGGCAACAAGACCUGCCUGGAGGGCUGGUCCGGACCUGAGUGCAACAAAGCGAUCUGUCGACAGGGCUGCAGUGCGGAGCACGGGUCCUGCAAAGUACCGGGAGGCUGUACGUGCCUGUAUGGCUGGCAAGGCCAGUACUGCGACAGGUGCAUCCCGCACCCGGGCUGCGUCUACGGCGGCUGCGUGGAGCCCUGGCAGUGCCUCUGCGACACCAACUGGGGCGGCCAGCUGUGCGACAAAGAUUUGAAUUAUUGCGGCACCCACCAGCCCUGUCUGAAUGGGGGCACGUGCAGCAACACGGGGCCGGACAAGUACCAGUGCUCCUGCCGCGAAGGGUACUCCGGGGUCAACUGUGAGAGGGCGGAGCACGCCUGUCUGUCCAGCCCCUGUGCCAGCGGCGGCAGCUGCCAGGAGACCAGCUCCGGGUUCGAGUGCCAGUGCACGCCUGGUUGGACAGGUGCCACCUGCACCAUCGAUGUGGAUGAGUGCGAUCCAAACCCUUGCAGUCACGGCACCUGUCAGGACCUGGUCAACGGGUUCAAGUGUACCUGCCCUCCGCAGUGGACCGGGAAGACCUGUCGGAUUGACGCCAACGAAUGCGAAAACCGGCCCUGUGUCAACGCCAACUCCUGCCGCAACCUGAUUGGAGGAUACUUCUGCGAGUAUCCCGGCUGGACGGGAGAGAACUGUGACACCAACAUUGAUGACUGUCAGGGACAAUGUCAGAACGGGGGCUCCUGCAAGGACCUGGUUAACGGCUACCGCUGCAUCUGUCCGGCGGGCUACACCGGGGAGCACUGCGAGGUGGACAUCGACGAGUGCGCCAGUGCCCCCUGCCUCAACGGCGGCCGUUGCCGUGACGACGUCGGCGGCUUCCAGUGCCUCUGCCCAGCUGGCUUCUCUGGCAGCCUGUGCCAGCUUGACGUAGAUUACUGCGAGCCGAACCCCUGCCAGAGCGGCGCUCAGUGCUUCAACCUCGCCUCGGACUACUUCUGCAAGUGUCCCGAGGACUACGAGGGCAAGAACUGCUCCCAUCUGAAGGACCACUGUCGUACCACGUCCUGCCAGGUGAUUGACAGCUGCACGGUUGCGGUGCCCUCCAACAGCACCCCAGAGGGUGUGCGCUAUAUCUCCUCCAAUGUGUGCGGCCCCCACGGCCGCUGCCGCAGCCAACCUGGGGGCCAAUUCAGCUGCGAGUGCCAAGAGGGCUUCACCGGCACCUACUGCCAUGAGAACAUCAACGACUGCGAGAGCAACCCUUGUCGCAAUGGGGGCACGUGCAUCGACAAGGUCAGUGGCUACCAGUGCAUCUGCAGCGACGGCUGGGAGGCCCGCCAGUGCGAGAUCAAUAUCGACGACUGCCGAGUGAAGCCGUGUCACAACAGGGGGACAUGCAGGGACCUGGUGAACGACUUCUACUGCGAGUGCAGAAACGGUUGGAAAGGGAAGACCUGUCACUCACGUGAAAGUCAGUGUGAUGCAGCAACCUGCAAGAACGGAGGAACCUGCAGCGACGAGGGCGACACCUUUAAGUGCAUAUGUGCCCCUGGCUGGGAGGGCACCUCGUGUAACUCAGCCACCAACAGCAGCUGCCUCCCCAGCCCCUGCGAGAACGGGGCCACCUGCAUCGUCAAUGGCGACGCCUUCACCUGUGUCUGCAAGGAGGGCUGGGAGGGGCCCACCUGCACCCAGAAUACCAAUGACUGCAAUCCACACCCUUGCUACAACAACGGAACCUGCGUGGACGGGGACAACUGGUACCGCUGCGAGUGCAGCCCGGGAUUCGCUGGCCCAGAUUGCCGUAUAAAUAUCAACGAGUGCCAGUCAUCCUGCGCUUACGGCUCCACCUGUGAUGAGAUUAACAGCUUCCGCUGCCUGUGUCCGGCCAGCAGGGCGGGGCUCACGUGCCAGGAGGUCACCGGCCAGGACUGUGUCGUCGGCAGCCGAAUGAUACCCGACGGGACCAGGUGGGACGAGGACUGCAACAUCUGUCAGUGUCACAACGGAAAGGUCACCUGCACCAAGGUUUGGUGCGGUCCCAAGUCGUGUCAGCUGAAUGGGAAAGGCCCGGGGGACUGCAGCCCUGGUCAGACCUGCCUGCCCAUUAAGGAGGACCACUGCUUUGUGAAGCCGUGUCCCGGGCAGGGGGAGUGCUGGCCCUCAGACGGGCUGCCCCUCCAGGCCCAAUGCCACGCAGGCACCUACCUGGAGAGCAGCUGCACCUACAUCACCUUCACUUUCAACAAGGAGAACAUGCCGCAGGGCGUAACUGUGGGGCACAUCUGCGGGGGGCUGCGCCGCCUCUGUGUGGCAAGGAACUUCUCGGCAGACCAUGCGGUGUUCAUCACGUGCGAGCCGUCCCUGAGCGCCAGCAAUGAGAUCCACGUAACCAUAUCCACAGAUGAGCGCAGAUCAGACACGCUUUCCAUGAAGGCGAUCACCGAUAAUAUCAUCGACCUGGUCAGCAAGCGGGGCGGAAACAGCACCCUCAUGGCGGCCAUAGCGGGGGUGCGAGUACAGCAGAGGCCCCCCCUGAUCAAAACCGACUACCUGAUCCCGCUGCUGAGCUCAGUCUUCAUCGUGGUUUGGAUCGUGGCUCUGGUCGUGCCGUUCCUGUGGUGCUUGCGGCGGUGGCGGCAGAAGCAGGGCAGCCACGGCGGCUCGGCGGGCAUGGCGCCGGCCGAGGGCGGGGCCACCAACAACGUGCGCGAGCAGCUCAACCAGAUCAAGAACCCCAUCGAGAAGCACGUGGCGCCCAGCGCCAAGGACUACGGCGGCAAAAACACCAUCGUCGCCAAAAUCAGGACACAGAACACGGAGGCAGAGGAGGAGGAGAUGGAGCACCUACAACGGGCCCGGUUUGCCAAGCAGCCCGUCUACACGCUCGUCGACAGAGAGGACAAGGCCACGCCCACCAAGAACCCAAACUGGACAAACAAACAGGACAACAGAAACUUAGAAACAGCACACAGCCUGAACCGAAUGGAAUAUAUUGUAUAGCAGAAAUGUGAGGUUGCCAUGCAACCGGGCUCCGUUUCACAUUUUUUAUUUUGGUGGGGUGGGGGUGGGGGUGGGCGGGGGGCGGGGCUAUGAGUUCGUAGUCCUUAAACUGUUGUCAUAUUUUGACUCGAAGGUUAUUAUUUACAUAGAAUCCCUAUGUUAAUUUAAGUCUCGACAAGUUGACUCACACUGGCAGUGUCUGUGGUCAACUGGGAAGGAGCAGGUGCUGCAUGUCGCACCUAUGCAGAACUAGAUCCAGGAGCCCUGCGUAUUAAACGCCACCCCCCCCACACUCCCCGGAUGCCUGGACGGUAAUCGUGGGCUCCAUCCGAGGAUUUCCUUAAAUCACAAUCCAAAAGUUUGCAAAAAUGGUCUUAAGUAUUAUUAUUUUUUAAGAAUACAACACACACAAAACAACAAACAGGGCAGUCGGAUCGCGGUGGUUUUUGAGCAACUAGUUCUGUAUUUGAAAGUGCCUUUGCAGCUCCGUACCACAACGAUGUCAAAAAGAAAAGGUUUAUUAUUUAUUAUUUUUAUUUUAAAUUCUUGGGGAGGGCUGGGUCGAUGUCAGCGGUCGCUGUCGAAAUGAAGAAUUUAAAGUGUCAAUUUAGAACGCUGUAUAGAUAUGUACAUUUUUUUAAUUAAUCAUUGUGUAUAUUUGAUUUAUUAACUUAAUAAUCAGGAGCCUUAAGACACCAUUCCCUUUCUAUUUAAACGUAUCGUCUAGAUUUGAAGGUUUUGAUGGCUUUUCUGAGCUGACGACUUUCUAUAUUUUUGGUGACAAUUGUUCCGUGUUUCAUAAAUGCCAAAAUCUGAAGUGCUCUAGAAAGAAUAGUUUAUUUUUAACAAUAGAUCGGGCAUUUUUGUGCCUGUAAAAAAAGAAUGUUUUGUACAAAUGUCAGACGUAACGAGUUCAGAAGUAUCCUUUUCUGCCAGGACAUCUUUAAUUAAGGCGCGCUAGAAAAGGGGGGGGGCAUAUUGUCUUGCUGCUUGGGUUUUUGCCAAACAUGGGGGUGUUCC